AUGCCGCUCGAAAUCCAGACGCCGCCGGGGACAUAUUGCGCCCAGAUCCCACGAGAUGUCGAUUUCUCCGGCGUAUGGCAGAACCAAACAUCUCGACAGAUACUCAUGCAUCCUCUGCCAACGCUGCAGCUUCAACUUGUUCUCAUAUUCUUCUUCGCCCAAGCCAUUCAUCUCCUCCUCCUGGCCCACCUCGGCCUUCCCACCAUCGUCUCCCAACUCCUUGUGGGGAUUUUGCUGGGUCCAUCGUUCAUAGGAGGCAACGACAAGUUCAAGGAGCUCAUGUUCACCAUCGAGAGCCAAGAAGUGCUUGGUCUGGUUGCCACCUUAGGAUACAUGCUCUUGAUAUUCACAAUCGCGGUGAAGAUGGACGUGAAAAUGGUGCUCAGCACAGGGAAGAGAGCCACUCUGGUGGGGGUCCUAUCCGUACUCGCUCCUCUGGUUUUUGGCCUGUUCGUCGAAAGCCUGAUCGAGAAGAUCCUCAAAAUUAAUGACCUGGACGACAACUUCCCCUUCGUGACUCUGAUAGUAUCCAUCACCCCAUUCCCGGUGAUAGCCAAAAUCCUGGGCGACCUCCAGAUCUUGAACUCAGAGCUGGGCCGCCUCACGCUGUCGGCAGCCAUGGUUGGGGAUAUGGGUAGUGUGGCACUGACAACCAUAGUUACCAUGUCUUCCCCCGAUGUUCACAUAUCUGUCGGCCAAUUCGGGUUCAUUCUCUACACUGCCAUGUUCAUCUUCUUCGCUGCAUUCGUGUUCCGCCCUGCCAUGUUCUGGAUCAUCGACCAGACACCAAAGGGUGGCCAGGUCCAAGAGAAGUACAUAUGUGGGAUCAUGGUGGCUGUGUUUGCUUCAGGAGUAAUCACACACUUGUUCGGCCAGUAUGCACUCUUCGGACCAUUCAUCCUGGGUCUGGCCAUACCAGAAGGACCUCCCCUUGGUACUGCUCUAGCAGACAGACUCGACUGCAUUACCUCCUACGUCAUUCAGCCCUUGUUCGUAGCAAUCGCAGGGAUGAGGACUGAUUUCAGCUCUCUGAAACACAAAAGGAAAUUGAUCAUCAUCGAUGUAUUGCUCGUCUUAGCAACCUUGGGUGCCAAGAUAGUGUCCUGUUUCCUGGUCUCGGUGCAAGGUCGAAUGCCAGUUAAGGACUCCCUCGCAUUCUCGCUUCUCAUGAGUAGCAAAGGAAUCGUCGAGCUCGCUACCUAUAGUUUUCUCAGGGACACGGGGAGGAUCAGCGAAGCAACAUUCACUGUGCUGAACAUGAGCAUUCUACUAACAGCAAUCAUCGUCCCGAUGGCAGUGAGGCGGCUCUACGAUUCGUCGAGGAAGUACGCGAACUACCAGCGGCGGAGCAUCUCAUUUCUGCGGCCGAAUUCAGAGCUGAGAGUGCUUAUGAGCAUCCACAGUCCUGAAAACAUCCCUGAAAUGAUGAGGCUCGUCGAAGCUGGGUGCCCAAAUCAAGAGAAGCCUGUUUCUCUAUACGUUCUACACCUAAUCAAAUUGAGCGGCCGAGCGCUACCGGUGUUCAUCUCACACAGAAUUCAAACCAAAUUCAACAAAUCGUUUUCCUACUCGGAGAAUGUUACCUCAAUUUUCGAUCGGUACCAGCAGAUCCACCCAGAAGGGCUAUCGGUCUCUGCCUUCACCGCGAUUUCGCCUCCGGAAUCGAUGCACGAGGACAUCUGCACGCUGGCGCUGGAUAAGCGAACCGCGCUGAUAGUUCUGCCGUUUCAUCAAUCGAGAUCUGCCAGGGGCCGGAUCUUGACCGACGACAGGACGGUGAGAGCUCUGAAUCGAAGCGUUCUGGAUCGAGCACCUUGCUCCGUCGGGAUCCUCGUGGAUCGCAGCCACAUCAGGCGGAUGAAAAAGCCUUCGUUCGCGGCGAGGAAGGCUCCGGCCAGGGAGACGGCAUCGGCAUCGUCUCCGCAGCCGCGCGUGGCGAUGAUUUUCAUAGGAGGAGACGAUGAUCGGGAGGCGUUGACGUUUGCGAAGCGGAUGGUGAGAGGCUCCGCCAGCGCGAGCCUGGCCGUGAUCCGGCUGGUGGCGAAGGACGGCGACGGCGGGCUGUCGGAGUGGGAGAAGAUUCUGGACUUUGAGGCGUUGAAGGAGGUUGCGAAGGCGAAGCACGGCGGCGGCGGAGGUGAGAUCAAGGUGGAGGUUGGUUAUGUCGAGGAGGCGGUGAAAGACGGUCAGGAGACCUCACGCGUGUUGAAACGAGUGGCGGUGGAUUAUGAGCUGAUUAUAGUGGGGAGGAGGAACGGUGUCGUUUCGCCCCAGACAAAUGGCUUGUCGGAAUGGAGCGAAUUCCCGGAAUUGGGGCUGGUCGGAGAUUUGCUUGUCUCCCCGGAUCUUAAUGGCGGUGCUUCUGUUUUGGUUGUGCAACAACAAAAACAAUUGAAAUAAAAAUGGAUUCAACUUUUCAUUCUUUUCGUGAUUAUAUUACUUGUUUCAAAUUGCAAGUUAAUUGUCUUUUUUAUUUUAUUGAAAAAGGACACGAAGCACCACUACAUCGUAACAUUAAAACGUCACAAUAUUGGUGUCCCUAACAUGUCAUAGAAAAUUAACUUACAAAUCUCUGAAUCAUACUCACAAACAGAAUGAGGGCCAAAAGGAACCUACAUAUCCGUAUGACUUCUCAAAUAGUGUUUUAUUGAUAUUAUUUUACCACAAGG